AUGCUCCGCGACGAGCUCCUUCGGUCUAAAAACGAUGAGAUCGCAAACUGUUUGUCGCGCCGAAAGCGCAAGCUCAGCGCAUUGUAUCUAGCCACGGUCGGGUUUGGCGCGACCGAGGACUCGCAUUACCAGCAAAAGGAACGAGCGUUUCUCGACGCCAACGAUCUUUCCAAAGGUCGAUACUUCGAUGAAGCUACGCUUCCACUGCCUGCCCAUGCGCGCGCGCGUUCUCCAUCCAGAAGCUUAGUUUCCCCGACAACGGCUUCUGGCACCAAGACCAAACCUGUUAGCGACAUUGCUCUCCCGUCCGCCAGCGAUGACGGUGUUCCGCAGGUGACCGAACCGAUCCAAAGCGACACACUCGCAUCGGCGCAACCUGGGACUGCCACCCCCAAUGUCGCGCCAUCACCGGAGACCAAUGGAGCACAACUACCAUCUGCACCACCCGUUUCCAAGCCGCCAAAGGCUAUCGAUAUGCCACCGAAGGCUGCGCCAUUCACCCAAUCCUCGCGCGACCCGAAAGUCAGCGCACCUGUCUCCAACGUUAUUCACGAUACAACCGAAGCCAAGGUUUCGCGCGCGAAGGGAACUGCGACAGGCGCUCCUUCAUUGGAAAUACCAUCUGACAUCCAUCGAAAGAAAGAUCCAAGGACGUCUCUGACUCUAGGACCCUCUAAUACUGAACACCCUCUUUCUCCCGCCUCCUCUAUCGAUCCUUACUCUAAUAAUACCCCCGUACCAGCCGCCGCAUCGCCCGACACAAGUCCCGCAGAAGAAGCAGCCGAGGAGGCUGAACCAAUCACUCGCCCACACAAACAUGACCGAUCACGAUCAAGUCUGGUCCCGUCAACCCCUGAUGAGCAAUUGCUCUUAGAACAAGCCAACUCGGCACAGGAGAAGCCUGUGGAUGUUAAUGCCAAUCUGCCUUCCUCGAGCGAGGUAAUCAAAGAGAGCAAAGGUACUGAAAAUGCUCAAGAUGAAAUGGAUAUCGACCAAACCGCCCCCGAUUCUGAAGCGAAGAAAUCUGUAUCAAAAUCCGUAUCGCCAUCCACGAUGGAUGUCACUGCUGAUUCUGUCACGCCUAUCAAGAAACCGUCAUUAUCCAUACCUGUUACUCAGCCUGGAUCAUCACAACCAGAGCGCAUGACCACACGAGUUUCGUCUGGAGCUAUCCGCCAUAAGUCAGUGUCCGAAAUUCUGGGAGAGACCCCCAGGAGCCACCAUGACAGGGCUCCACCCACACCCUCUGAGCAAGGGUCCCCGGAUUCCGUUGCGAGAAUGCGGUUCAAGGAUCGGAAAGACCGGGAGAAAGAGAGAAGCCGACUCUCGACUGUGGUUUUCCCCAAGCAGCAGCCCUCUCAGCCUGAGUCUAUGGAACUACUGCACAGGGACAUGGAUGCAGUUGCCAAGCUGAAUGAGGAACAAGACUAUCUGUUCACAUUAUUUUUGAACCGAGCCUACGCUCCUCCACGGGGAACAAAUCUCAAUACUCUCUUGGCUUCCGCGCACAAGACAUUAACUACGAACAACCAUUUGCUUGAAUACCAGGAGUCUAUGGAUUGUCGUACUCUACGGCGCAUUUAUGCCCUUCAAAACGCCAACCGUUGGCCAUUACGGCAAAUGAAGCGUUCCGUCGAACCUCCCCGCCAAGGAUCGCAUUGGGAUGUGGUGAUGAAUCACAUGAAAUGGAUGCGAACUGACUUCCGAGAGGAACGCAAGUGGAAGCUUGCUGCCGCAAAGAGCUGUGCCGAUUGGUGUGCCGAAUAUGUCAACAGUGACGAGGAACACCGGGCUCUACUGCGUGUUCAAACAAAGAUUCCUUCGCCAUCCUUGGCCGAAAAGGAUGGACCGAAGGCCGGUCCUAGCCCACCCUCCGAGGACACUGGUGAUGAAGCGUUUGGUGGCUCUCAUCCCACUCCGGACCUCGUUCCAUCGGCCGAGGAGGAGUCGGUUAGCGAUGGAUUCAAUGAUGAGCCUCGACACAGCCUCCAAGACACUGUGACCCCUGCAGCUAUUUUCUCCCUCGGCUCGGACGAGUUUAACUUCUCGAUCGACAUGACCCCUGCUGCCGAAAAGUUACUGGACGAAUUGCCGAUAUACGGACCAUUGACAAUGGCCUCUGGAACGAAUGUACCAGACUUCAAAGCACCUCCUGAUUCAGCUUGGAAGACGGAACUUGUGCCUGUCUCUAAAUUUGCGUCGACCAAGAUCACCUUCCACGAUGACGACCGUCCCCGCAAGCGAAGCAGAUAUGAUUUCUCCCAGUACAACAAUGAUUCAGAUCAUCGCAUUACCGAUCUUCCCCCUGAGCAAACCAAUGUUGCUCUCUUCCGCCCCGAAAACAAACCCAUCCGUGAUCGCAUUCAUCCUGGGCACUCAUUCAGACCUCCAACCGAACAUCCGAUGCCUUCUGUUGGAUUCUUCGAGUCACGUCAGUCAUCACAAUGGACCUUUGCCGAAGAUGAUGAAUUACGACGUUUGGUGAAGGAGUAUUCCUACAACUGGUCUUUAAUUUCCAGUUGCCUAACUCCAUCGUCUAUCUUCACUUCUGGAGCCGAGAGACGGACCCCCUGGGAAUGUUUCGAACGAUGGGUGGGACUUGAAGGUCUUCCGGCUGAUAUGUCCAAGACGCAAUAUUUCCGUGCCUACCACCAGAGGCUUGAAACCGCUCAGCGUACCGUGCUGGCUCAGCAGGCGGCUGCUCAACAGCAACAGCAGCAACAGCAACAGCAGCAGGGCAAUAACGGUCCGCCUCAGCCACCUAUACGUCGGAGGUCUACACAGCCUAUUCGUGUUGAUAGGAGACGGUCUUCAAAGCAUCUCGCUUUGCUCGAUGCUAUGCGUAAGCUGGCAAAGAAGAGGGAGACUAUGCUUCAAAAGCAACAGCAUGCUUCUCAUCUCGCCUCAUUGCGCAAGGCUAACGAGGCUAAUCAACCUAAACCCCCUAUUUCAUCGCCAGCUGAGUUUAGUCGGCUGAAAUAUGACCGGGAGAUGAAAUUGCAGGAAAGGCAAGAGCAGUAUCGCCAGCAAAUGAUUGCGCAACAAAGAGCGAGCCUUGCAGCUCAGCGUUCCGGUCAAGCGCCUAACCAGCCAGCGGCAAACGCUCCAGGGCGCACAAACACCAACAUGCCUCCUACCUCCAAUCCCGGCCUGCCAGGUGGUACUCCAAAUGGAGUUCCUAAUGGCAUGCAGUCUGGUGCAGGUGUUAAUCAAGGUCGUCCUCUCCCUAUGCAAAACAUGACGACCGGGGCGCAGUCAAACGGCCAAAUGACCAACGGUAUGGCUAUGAAGAUGAUGCCGAAUCAAAUGCAAGGACCAGGCGCGAGACCUGGUAUGACGAUGCAAACAUCCCCCGAUAAUACGCGUGUCAUUCGAGAAGCGAAUCGACUGCAGGAGCAGCAGCGCCUUCUCCAAUCCAGGCAGCAACCGCAAGGCCAGCAAUUCCACAACCAGCAAUUCCCAUCGCAGGGAUCACCGAAUCUGAACAUGUCAAACGGCACCCCCAACAAUCCAGCCAUGAUAGCUGCAAUGCAGGCUCAAGGAGGAAUGCAAAGCCCGUCAUUCCACGCUGGCACGCCCCAAGGCGUGUCAACCCCGUCGCCUCGCAUGGGUCAACCGAAUCCUCUUUCGAGCGGUGUCGUGCCACAAAUCAGCAACAUCCAAAGCCAGAUCCAGCGCAGCAACCCCAACAUGCCUCCUGAGCAGAUAACCAAGUUAGCCACUGACCGACUCAACCAGUACCAACAGUCGCAACAACAGCGCUUGUCCCAACAGGCCGCGAUCAACGCUGCUUCGGGUAGUAUCAACGCGAAUGCCAUGAAUGCCAAUAACGUGCAGGCGAACUUCCAAGUUCCUCAUGAUGGCAAUUUCCAGACCCCGUCGGCGCCCAACAUGGCAAACGGCAAUUCUGGGAUGCAGGUUCCUCAACCCCAGGGCUUUUCCCCUAUGAUGCGAGUCCCUCAGCCUGGUCAACAAAAUCGCGGUGGUCCAACUAGCUCGCCCGCCAUGAACGGAGCUGUCGUCCAGCCCAGCCGAAGCGGCACCCCUCAAACCCAACGCAGUGGCAGUGCUCAAGCCGGCCCUCAGAGCAAGAGCCCUCACGCCCCAGCAGCUCAAACAGCUACUAGCUAA